GGGAAUUCAGAUCAUUCAGAGAUAAAUACACAGGAAAGAGAGGAGCCCGAGUGAAUGCAACAAUCCAAAGGCAGAUCAAGACUCACCAAACAUUAGAAAAGGCAUGGAAGGGAUCAUACAUCUAACUCUACUUCUGUCAGGGCUGUGUUCUCUAUCUUCAUGUGAACCCCAGUCGAAGUUUUUCCUAGUCAAAACCCCCAAAACCUGGGAAGAGGCACAGAGCUACUGCAGAGAGACAUAUUUAGACCUGGCCACCAUAAACAACAUGGAAGAGAUGGAAACGGUGCUUAAAACUGUUGAAGACCAAUACGAUGAUGCUGUGUGGAUAGGGCUGAGGGAAGGGACGACUAUAAGGUGGCACUGGUCUCUGGCGGACGAAGAUUUGUACAAGCAGGGGGAAAGAAAUUAUUUCAUUUGGACGACAGACGAUAGAUACAACUGUGCAUUUUAUAAAGGAGGGAAACUAGAUACAGAUUCCUGCACAUACAGGAAACUGUCAUUGUGCUUUGAUGUCAAUAAAACAGGUCGAGAUCAGUACGUUCCCACUACAGAGACUAUGACUUGGAUAGCUGCUCGAGACUACUGCAGAACACACCACACAGACCUGGCCAGUUUGAGGAAUGACGCAGAGUAUCAGAUGAUCGGAGACAUAAUCGAUGACCUGACACCAGUGUGGAUCGGCCUCUUCAAAGACUUCUGGGAGUGGUCAGACCAGUCAUACUCCUCGUUCAGAUACUGGAAAGAAAACAAACAAGUCUGGAGUUCCCCUUUUACUGACUGCGGUGUUAUGCUGAAGAGUGACUCUGGUAGAUGGGGAGAGCGGCCAUGUACAGAAACACUUCCAUUCCUCUGUAGCCACAAAACCAAACGGAGGUUCAUUAAAAUAGUGAUCAAGCCACAGGACUCAGUGCUGGAUCUGAAUGAACCUGCGGUGCAAGAUGACAUCCUGAAUAAAUUGAGGCUGAAGCUGAGUAAUGGUGUUUUCAGUCUACGCUGGAGGAAACACGCUGACGGAAGAGUUUUUAUCAAGGAGCCGUGGACAAAGACAGAAGACUGAGAGGUGCAGCUUUAAGAAAACACAAGCUCUGACUUUGAAACUGUACAAAAGUUUUGGGCAUUGAAAGUAAAGAGAUGAUGGGAGAAAAAGCAUUGCCCAUCUUUUCUACACUGUUUGAAAAUUAAAACAUAAAUAUGUCAGAAUGAAAUAGUAUAAUCUUAAAUUUUUCCUUAUCAUAUAAUACUUGGACUAACUAGUUCCAGACUGCAAUACAAGAACAGCGCUGUUUCUUUUCCAUGUCCUCUCUGGUGAGGAUGCUAACUCCUCAGCUGGGACGUGGCAGUAUUUAGCCCCGAUCUUUUAGCACAGCAUCAUGUCUGUAGCCAUUAAGUGCAUAUUUACAACCUUCACAGGAUUCUCAUUUAUAACGAGCCAGUCGGAAGCUACUGCGUGAAGCUAACGUCACCUAAAAGCCAGAAAUGAGACGCCUGCCUUUGAAAUUAACUGUGCUACACUUCCAGCAGUGAGAGGGAAUAGUACAGAUAGUUUUCCAUAUUUAUCUAUUUAUUUCUUGAUUUAUUUAUUUCUCACGUCACUUUGGGCCCCAGUUGGCAGUGACUUAGGGCUUUGUCCCGCUGUGAAUAAACUGCCCUCUCACUUUCUGAGAACAGAAAAUGGAGACCAAUGACAGAUUUCUGUUUGUACAAUACACGUGUGUCUAUACAGUUCCAUUUUGUGCUUUAUGUUUUUGCAAUAUGAAUAAAAAAAGAAAGUUCA